CUCUAGCUCGUUCUACCUGGCCAUUAGAACAUUGUUUCUAGCUCUAUUGUGCUGAAAGAAACCAGCUUUCCUCAUUGGGCCAUGAAGGCAUUAGUAGCUUUACUAUUGCUCACUCAGCUCCUAAACUGCAAAAGUAUCCCAGUGGGUCCCUUCCAGCCCCUGCUUUCACGAGUCAUUGACUGUGACGACCCAGAGUCCGAAGAAGCAGCCGCUAUAGCGGUGGACUACAUCAAUAGCCACAAUCUUCAUGGAUACAAGUUCGCACUGAACAGCAUUGAGAAGAUCAAGGUGCUGCCCAGGAGGCCUACUGGAGAGCUAUUUCUGCUUGAACUUGACUUACUACAGACUGAAUGCCACAUUGUGAAUCCCCUGCCUGCUGAGAAUUGUACUGUAAGGCCAAUAACAGACCAUGUUGUUGAAGGCGAGUGUGAUGUUAAAUUGCUCAAGCUGGAUGGAAGCUUUUCCAUGUUAUCUAGAAAAUGUCACUCAAAACCAGACUCAGCCGAAGAUAUUAUUCAAAUCUGCCCCGACUGUCCACUUUUAGCCGUUUUAAAUGACACUCGGGUGAUCAAUGCUGUUAAUCUUGCACUCGCUCAGUAUAACGGAGAACAUGAAGAUGUCUACCUCAGACUCGUUGAAAUCGGACGAGCUCAAAUUCUGCAUCUCCCAGACUCUGUCUCGGUCGAGUUUGCCGUUGUUGUCACUAACUGCUCAGGCAAAGAUGCCCAGGAACACGUGGAUGGUUGUCUGCCUGAAGAUCAAGUGCGAUUUGGCUUCUGCAAGGCAUCAGUUCUCACCGAAGGCAACAUCACAGUGUCCUGCGAAGUUUAUGGCCAUCAGGCUGGAGUGACCCAUGAUCACCUGACCAAAGAACACUUGGGAGGAGAGAUUCCCUCCUUGUCAAAAGGCUUCAAGCACCAUGAUCUCAGGCAUUUCCACCGCGGCCCUGCCCAGGAUACAUCAGACUCCAGCUCCCAAGAAGCUCCUGUUGCAACACCACCAGCAGCCCCCGUGGCCAAAAGAGAUGUUGGGGCUGUACUCGAUCCAUCUCACCCUCCUCCCCCAAUAGAUCCAAUUCCAGGUCACAGACUUCCUCUGUGUCCUGGGAGGAUACGGCAUUACCAAGUGUAGGGCAAGGUACAUUAGCCACCUGAUCAAGAGGUAGCAGGUGACAUCACCUACCUGCAUAGCACACUGCCAAGUAUAAGUACCUGACAGCGCUUGAAUCUCUGAGCUCUAAUGGGCUUCAACACAAUUUAUGAAAGUGAUCGAAAGCGCACAAUAAUCUGCUUUGGAAAGCAGGUGACCACUUUCGGUGGCUGCCGCAAAACCCGUCACUUCGUGAUAUGAAAACCAACCAAAGGUGCUUCACAAAUAAACCUUUCAUCAUGAA